AUGGCAACAUACGACGCACUGAUCAUCGGCUCCGGUCCUGCCGGUCUCUCCAUCGCUCUCGGGCUGAGCCGUAUCCAUCGCCGAGCAGCCAUCUUCACCAAACCCGCCGGCGCCGGGUUCCGCAACGCAGGAGUCCACGAGAUGCACAAUGUCAUCUCGCAGGAUAACACCCCACCAGAGGAAUUCCGGCAUAUCGCAACAGAACAGAUCAAGAAGUACGGGACGGUCGAUUUCCUCGAGGCGGAGAUAGUCGGCAUGAAAGCAUACACCCAAAACGGCGCAGGCAAUACCUUUCACGUUACUGCCGCCGAUGGACGGACCUGGCAGGGAAGAAAGCUGGCGUUGGCAAUGGGCUGCAUCGACGUGUUUCCUGAGAUAGAGGGGUACGCGGAGAACUGGCCGCAGAAUAUAUUCCAGUGUCUCUUCUGUGAUGGGCAUGAGCGAUCGCAUCUUCCGGGGGGCAUAUUGACUUUCCCGCAGCCGAUGUAUGCGCAUUUGGCGGAGAUGAUGCAUCUCCUUGUUACGCCGACAUCUGGCCCGGUGACUGUCUUUACGGAUGGGCCGGUUCCAGAGGAUGAGGCGAUGAAGGCUGCGAUGGAGAAGGUCAACGCACUCCAGUGUAAAGUUGAAACGGGGAAAAUUCUCCGACUGGUCCCUAUUCUUCCACCUGACACGGGGGUCAGGGUCGUUCUGGAAGGCGGCAGGGAGUAUAAGAUGGGAUACCUCGCGAACAAGCCGCGCACAGUCCUGGCGGGACUAGACAUGAUUACCCAACUUGGGGUCGAGAUUGAAGACGACCCGAUCCUCGGGCAGAGCGUCAAGGUCGAUCAGCUGUUUGCGACUAAUGUGCGAGGGGUCUUUGUUGCGGGGGAUGCAGCGACUCCGAUGAAGGUUGUUGCUAAUGCGAUGGGUAGUGGAUCCACCGUUGCUGCUGGUAUCGUGCAGCAUUUAGUCGCCGAAGAUAUGGAGCUUCUUUUAGCAGAAAAGAAAGCAGUUUAG